AGAGGCUUUAACCUAGUGAGCCACCCAGGUGCCCCCAAAACCAAGUUUUCAAAGAUUCUAACUCAGUCAACUGACUGAGGGCAAGGGCCGAUGGGUCUGAGUAUUCCCUCCUGCCCUGAGUCUGUUCCGAGAAAGAUAGAAAGCACUAUCUUUCUCCCCAACUUCCCCACUUUGCAAAGCUGCUGCUGGCCUUCUGACCACUCAUGCCACCCUCCCUCACCCCGUCUCUGCUGGUGGGUAGGACAGUGGGGGAUCGUGUAAUGAGUGACCAUGGCCCUCCUGGGUCAGGGGUUUGGAGCCUGGGGAGCGGGUGUGGCUCACAGGAUGGUCGCUUCCUUCAGAACUGGCUUGCAGGAGCAUGAGGAGCUCUGACAGCCUGGGUCCCUCAUGGCCUCACCCGGCAUGCACUGAGCAAACAGUACCUACUCUGUCCAAAUACUGGGGAGGCUAUAAAAUUGAAUAAGACGUGGCUCCUCAACCUGAGAGAGCUCAGAGUCUGUCAAGCUCCCAAACAAAGUGCUGAAACCAGAUGUUUCUCAUCCUGGUGUUUCUCAUCCUGCUGGGACUCACGAUUGAUUACCACAAGGCUCGUCCUUCAUUUCCUACUUGUGGGGGAGGGGUGGCGGUUCACAGCCCCAGCAAGGAAGCCCUAGGGAAAGCAAUAAACUAACUUCCUUCGAUGCAAAGACUUGAAUCUUAGAACUGGAGGUGGGGGGCAUCGUCAUCUAUUCCAAUCCCCUCUUCCCCCCAUGGGGAGGUGACUAGCCGUCACACCACACAUCGGUGACAAAGCUGAGUCAUCCGCUCCCAGGUGAUCAAAGUGGUCUCCAAGUGACCUUUUCCAGUGGCUCUUGGCUCUCCAGAGCUGGCAGAAAAGCCCUCCUUACUCGCAGUGGCCAUUUGGAUGUCCAUUCCUGGGACUAGCAGCAAGUCAGGGUACCACCUGCCAGGAGCACAAGGCCACAGUUACAGGUCAAGGUUAUAGCAGCCACGUUCCCAAGACCACUACCCUCUUUGGAAUAGAGGUAGGAAGGGGCAGUUGAGGAAGGGGAAGAGAAGGGAAGCUGAUGUGACUUUGAGGCAAUAAGGAAUCAGCCAACGCUCAUUCCCAAACUUGGGAUGGCAGCCUUCAGCCCAGUGCAGCCAAUCUCUCUAAAUCUUUGGGCUAGCUACUCCCUGAGAGGGUAGCUCUGGCCAGGCCUUAGGGCUUUGAUGUGGAGACCAGAAGGGAUGACAGGGUGGACUCUAGGGGCAGCCUGUCCUUAUUCCCGGCAGCAAAGUUAGAACGUCAGUCUGGUAGACAGGAGAUCCCCUGCUGCCUCGGUGAGCGAGAAAGCACACCACAGUUUCCCCUCUGUCCCUGUGUCCUCCUGACCUCAUGGCAGCCAGAAAUGGCCCACAACACAGACUCACCCAGCCCCUGCCCUCACUCUACUGGGCCCAAGCGGUGCACAUCUCUUCCUUGUUCCCUCUAGAGGAGCACUUCGUGGUGGCCCUGUAUGACUACAGCUCAGUGAAUGACAGGGACCUGCAGAUCCUGAAGGGGGAGAAGCUAAAGAUACUGAAGGAAGUUGGAGACUGGUGGUUGGCCAGGUCUCUCAUCACUGGAAGAGAAGGCUAUGUGCCCAGCAACUUUGUGGCCCGAGUGGAGACCUUGGAAGUAGAAAAAUGGUUCUUUAGAUCAAUUAGCCGGAAAGAUGCUGAGAGGCAGCUUCUGGCUCCAAUCAAUAAGGCGGGCUCCUUUCUUAUCAGAGAGAGUGAAACCAACAAAGGUGCCUUUUCCUUGACUGUGAAGGAUGUGACCACCCAGGGGGAGAUGAUCAAACACUACAAGAUCCGCUCCCUGGAUGAAGGGGGCUAUUACAUCUCCCCCCGCAUCACCUUCCCUACACUCCAGGCUUUGGUGCAACAUUAUUCUCAGAAAGGGGAUGGUUUAUGCCAGAGGCUGACCCAACCCUGUGUGAGCCUGGCUCCUCAAAACCCCUGGGCCCAGGAUGAAUGGGAAAUCCCCCGGCAGUCUCUCAAGCUGGUCAGGAAACUCGGGUCUGGGCAGUUUGGCGAUGUCUGGAUGGGUUAUUACAAGAACAAUGUGAAAGUGGCCAUCAAGACCUUAAAGGAGGGAACCAUGUCUCCGGAGGCCUUCCUGGCAGAGGCCAACAUGAUGAAAACUCUCCAGCAUGAGAGGCUAGUUCGUCUCUACGCCGUGGUCACCAAGGAACCCAUUUACAUCGUGACCGAGUACAUGGCCAGAGGAUGCUUGCUGGAUUUCCUGAAGACGGAUGAAGGUAGCAGAUUGUCCCUCCCCAGACUGAUCGACAUGUCAGCCCAGAUUGCUGAAGGAAUGGCGUACAUCGAGCAAAUGAAUUCGAUCCACCGCGACCUGAGGGCAGCCAACAUCCUGGUGUCUGAGACCCAGUGCUGCAAGAUCGCGGACUUCGGCUUGGCCCGCAUCAUUGACAGUGAAUACACCGCUCAAGAAGGCGCCAAGUUCCCCAUCAAGUGGACUGCCCCAGAGGCCAUCCAUUUUGGGGUGUUCACCAUCAAAGCGGAUGUGUGGUCAUUUGGAAUCCUCCUGAUGGAAAUCGUCACUUACGGGCGUGUACCCUAUCCAGGAAUGAGCAACCCCGAAGUCAUCCGCAGCCUGGAGCGCGGCUACCGCAUGCCGCGGCCCGACUCGUGCCCACCAGAGCUGUACCGCGGUGUCAUCGCUGAGUGCUGGCGGAGCAGGCCAGAGGAGCGGCCCACCUUUGAGUUCCUGCAGUCAGUGCUCGAGGACUUCCACACGGCCACGGAGCAGCAGUACGAGCUGCAGCCCUAGGCCCUGGCGCAGGGACACGCGUCCGGAGCCCGAGAGGCCCGGGGUUGGCUUACACAUGCGACCCAUCCUGUAGAACUGACCAGGCAUGUUCACCUCGCAGCUUUUAUUCCAGCCCCAGUCAGCCUGGAAAGGCAGGGAGGAAUUGGUACGCCCAUUUCUCAGAUGAGGAAAGUAGAAGUAGAGGUGGCCUGACGGGUGGAUCACACAGCACGGACUCUGGACAUCCAGUGGCAGUCCCACCCUUCUCUGGCUGUGUGACCUUGGGUGAGUCACUCAGCCUCUCCGUUCCUCCGCUGUCUUACUUGUACAAUGAGGGAAGAACCAUGAUAGUACCUACCUCGUACGUUCCUCAAGAGGAUUACAUUCGUUAACCCCAGUAAGAUGUUAAGAAUAGUGCCUGGCAAACGCCUGGCACACCGUUAAACGUUUGGCAUCGUGUAACAACCCUGAGCUGGCGCCAAAAGCAAGAAGUCGGCUACAGGUGACUGGGGAGUUCCGCUGCUCCCACCUGCGCCGUCCGCGCCCCUGUCCUGCUCGCUCUCUGCUACCCCAGAAGCAGGACUGGGUCCUCUGAGAUGUCCGUUCAGAGAAGCGUCCAGCACUUUGGGGACUUUUCCAUAAUAAAGUCACGAGAUCUGACCUUCGCCGUGUCGUUACUUGGGACAAGCCUGGACCUCGCUACGUGGCACAGGUGGUUUGAAUGAGUGACGCGGUGAGGGACUCGCGGAUUCGUGGAAACCGAGCCCAAGCCUCAAGGACAACACCGCAGACCCAAGGGUCAUUGCCUUUUAGGGGAGGCUUGAGCGGGCCCGGCAGGUGGCGCCCUCACCUCAGAAAUCCCUGGGCUUCUGGUCUGAGUCCAGGACCCUUUGCUGAGGACUGACAGUGGGAGGGUGCGAGCCGCACUUGUUGGGGGUGCGUGCACGGGGGGGGGCAAGCGCCCUGGGCUCUGAGUCCUGCGACCAGGUGCAGCAACGAUGUGCGGACGAUGAUGGGAUGGUAACACCAGAGAACAUUCAAGGCUUCACACUGUUCAGGAAGCUCCCUAUUUGUCAUGGGGUUUUUUGUUUGUUUGUUUUUAUUUAUAAUAGAUUUA